UGAUAAAUCCUAUUGAUCAAAGGAUUGAUUGAUAAAAUAGGCGGGCGGGUUGGCGGCUGAUAGAUAGGAAACGAGAUAGAUAGAUAGAAAGGUAGAUAGAUAGAUAGCUGAGGAGUUGGUAGGGACAAAAUGAAUGAAUGGAUAGAUGAAUGGGUAGAUGGGCGAAUCGAUGUAUUGUGGUCACAAGGGUGAUUGGGAGAUUGGCACGGUACAACAGUAACAGACACCAAUAAAAAAGGAUUGAUCCUAUAUUACCGACGGGUAUGAGAUGGAUAUCAUCCUCAUGAACUAGCCGAUAUAGAAGCUCAUUUAAUUAAAAAAAUAAAAUGCCCAAAACUUCUAUAUCAUUUUGCUAUGUUUUGUUCUUUUAUUCUUUAUCUUCAUGUGAACAAGACGAUUUUCAAGCGGUUUUUGUCGUUAAACUUAUUGGCGAAAUGUGGAAUAACAUUCUUCUUACGAAAGAUUCACGAACAAAUAUGCUUGUCGACAAAAUUACCAGCAAUGUGAAGGUGUUUUACAAUGGCGACAAUAGUUUCAGAGAAGUAACUGUUCACUCCUUCAGAAAAGGCAGUGUAAUAGCCACCUUUAGCAUCAGCUAUGCAGCAUUGGGCUCCAUUCAAAUCCUGAAGAUACAAGAACAUGUCACGAUGACUGGAAAAAUAUCGACAAUUCCGGCAAAGAUUCUGAAUAUUUCAUCAGAUAAAGUCCCAAAUGCUCCUACAAUAACGUCUGCGUCAAGUUUUAAUUCCACAUCUAUUCAACUCCACUGGACAAGUAUUUCAGAUGCAGGAGGCAUGGGUUAUCUUGUCUACUACAAACAAGCUGGCAGCAGAUUUGAUCCAGUUCAGUUCAAGUCUGUAAUGCUUGCAGUCACGCAAACAGUUAUAAGCGGUCUUCGGGAAUUCACAGGCUAUACAUUUCGUGUCCUGGCUUCUUCCAGUAAUGGAAAUGGAGUAGCAAGUGAACCUGUUACGAUAUCCACAGAUGAAGAUGUUCCUUCCGUACCACCAAGCAAUCUUAAACUUAUCGUGUACAGCUCUACACGAAUCAGUCUGUUGUGGGACGCAAUCAAAGACAGCCAGACCAAUGGCGUACUGCUUGGGUAUAACGUAUCAUUGACAUGGCGUGACAAGAUGGAUAACAGGCUACGUGGAAGUACUAGAGCUGUCCAACCAACUGGCGGCUCGGUCAUACUUACACUGAAAUAUUUGCUUAAAUUCACAAUUUACUCAUUAAAAGUAUGCGGAUUUACGUCAAAAGGAUGUGGACCCUGGAGUAAUGAAGUACACGCAAGUACUCUAAGAGAUGUUCCCAGUCAACCUCCAAGUAACAUCACUUAUAAAAACUUUACUUCAACAUCUUCUGCAACAAUCCACUGGGACACAAUCCCUCUCGGCCACCUCAACGGCAUUCUUCAAGGCUACCAAGUAACCUACAAACAAAUAAUGCAGUCAGAACUACCAGUAGAAGAGGCAACAGAUGUCACUAAGAACCUGGGACCCAACAGUAGUUCUUUGGAGCUGAAUGACUUGCAAGCUCACUCCAUUUACCAAGUAGAGAUUGCUGCUGUGACUGAUGCUGGAAUUGGGGUAGCGCACACCAUCUUUUUAGAAACCUGUCGCUGUCCAAAGACUCUCUACACGAACUUCUGGGUCCAUCCUCCCUACUUGAACCAAAACACCAGUACUGGUGUCAUUGAUGGGAUCUUCCCCAACAUCGUGACCCAAAUGCUAACUUGGGCCUGCGGUGUUUGUAACAACGGGCAUGGAGAUACGAUACUAAAUAUGACGUCUAAUGGGAGAGAUAUGACGUCAUUAAAGGACAGUGUCGUUGGGGUAAUAGAAGACAUUGAUGAUGUUCCACAAGUCAGUUUUCCAAUCUAUGGGAACGAAGAUAUUAAAGAGUACAAAGGAUCACAUCAAUAUGUAAAAGUAGUAGACUCCCCUGGAAUAGCAUUUAUCAACGUCCGACAAAAACCCAAAGUGAUGAACUUAGCAUUGGCUUGCUUACCUCUGAUUGGUUUUGUUCUGUGUAUAACGUAUAUCUCUGGUUUCAUCAUGUGGUUAUUGGAGAGGAAAUCAAAUAAUGGACAGUUUCAUGAAAAUUUUUCAAAGGGAAUCAUUGAUGGGUUCUGGUGGUCAUUUAUCUCCAUAACAACCGUAGGGUAUGGCGAUCGUGUACCCGUUUCGAGGCUGGGCCGACUGUUUGGGGUUUUCUGGAUUCUGACUGGCUUGGUAGUCAUCUCUGUUCUUAUAAGUGAAAUAACCAAUUCCUUUACCACCCUUUGUAUGUCGACCACUUACAACGAUCACUUGAUUUAUGGAAGUAAGAUUGCUGUCAUUAAAAAUUCGGUCGAAUAUAGAGUGGGAACACAGAUGAAUGCAAUCAUAGACAAGGAAUACCAAUAUUACAGUAUAGAUGAUAUCCAUGAUGCUUUGCAAAAUGGUAACGUCUUUGGUGCAUUGAUUGACACCUACGUAGCCGCUGACCAAAAAGAUCACUUGUUUGACGAGAACAUUAAAGUGAACAAACUGCUGGAGAAGAAGAUCGGUUACGGUGUUGUUUUGUCUGGGGACGCUAAAGUCGUACAAAAGAGAUGUAAUGAUUUUAUGAAAAGAAAAGUUGAAGAGAUUUCCAAGGUUAUACAAAACUACACAAGCACUCUAGAGUUUCAGCCCCCUGAAGAGAACGAAUCUACAGAAAAGAGCAGCAAUUUGUUUGAAGUCGAAUCUGCCACAUUCAAAAUGGCAUUGCUCUGCCUAGGGCUCUUACUGUCGAUGGCUGUGAUUGGUGGAUUGAUUUUGCACGUGAUUUUGCUCAAGCGACGAACAAAUAAGGUCGACAGAGCUCAUUCAAGACAGGUUGUGAUAAACAUGAGGAACGAAAUGCGACAAUUUGUCGAUGUGUUUUAUCAAGACAUCAAGGCUAAGAUAAGUGAUUUAAAAGUAAAGCAUCGCCAGGAAAUAGCAAAACUCGUUCAAUUGAAAGAAAAAUAGCAAAGCCGAUUUCGUACAUGUCACAAGUUAUAAUUCUUAAAAUAUCGACAUGACUUUUCCAAGACUUUUCCAUGACUUUUCCAUCGGACAUAUGGCUUUUCCAUAGAAACUGUGAUUGAACUAAAACAAUGCCGGCUGGAAUUUAAAGAUGUAAGAAAAAAAGACCUAAAAUAAAUAUUAAUACUGGGGUGCUUGCCAUUUACCAGGAAAAACUGGAAUUAAGAUUUGAAAAACAAUUUGUUCGGAAUGUUCCAAAAAAAUCCAUCUUCCAAUUGAGAUAACGCACUUUUCCCGCCCUCUUAGGCUUUUACGGAAGAUAGACACGUGUACCAUUUGCUUGUUACACGGGGCGAUUCGCAACGACGAUAUUUUUGGCGAUAAGCCGUUGCUCGAAAAAUUGAUGCCGUGUAACAUGUCACGUGCGACGAUCCAUGGAUUCGGCAACGCGUUAUAAGAUUUUUGAUUCAGCUUCAAAUACUCAUAAUGGCGAUUUUGUUGCAAGUUGAUUCGUGUACUAAACAGCUUCAUCAACGAUUUUUAGCGCAACGUAUACCCAAAAUGCAGUUCAAUACUCUCAUAAAAGCGAGGAGAUGUCGACAAACAAGAUGGCGGCUUUUAAAAAACGCUUGCAAUCGUCCCAUGUAACAUGUUGAUUUUCGAACGAACGCGAGAAGCUGAUUAGUGUAACACCUAUUAGAAAUCGACAAGUCAUAUCGCGAAAAAUAGUCGUUGCGAAUCGUCUCGUGUAACAUCAGUUUUGCCAUUAGCUAAUUAGCAAAUUAGCAAAUAAAUGGAUUGGUGUAAAUGGUAAGCACCACAGGUUUACAUAUAGGCAAUCGCUGUACACAUUUACCAAUGGUUUUGCACACGUGAUUUGUAAAUAGCCAAAAGUAGUGUGUGGAGAAGCCAUAGGCCAUAGUGCUUCUCACACUUCUUGAGUGCUUACAGCGCUUUAUUUCUGAUGGAAGCACGGAAAAAGCUGUUUUAUUCGUUAUAUUAUAUAGUUACUAAUUUUAUUUCGCUAUUGAAUUUAUUUACGCAAAAAGAAAGACGGCCACUGGCUGUAGCAGCACUUCACGCGCACGGAUGGCGUCAAAGCAAAAUUUCGACCACUUAGUGCGCGCGUACUAUCCUUACUUUAUAAUAAAAGAAUAAGGCACUGAAGAAACACACUAACCUAGUUCACCUAACUGAUAUAUAAUAAUUCAUAAAAUUAAACUCGGCUUCAAAGAAGCAUUUAUUAUCGAUAAACAGCUGCAAAACAAGAUUGCGUAGCAGCAAAAUGAUGUUGAUAAAUUAUUAAACUCAGAAGAAUAUUCUCUUGUUAAACUUUUAUCCAAAAUCUACUCGAUCGUUUUCUCAGAUCCUAAGCUCUGCGUGAAACAACGCUUUAUGGCUGUUGGUAUAUGAAACUGCUAAAUUGUUUUCCCUGGUUCUCGACCGGUGACGACCAGGGUUACUCCGCGAAAACUGCAAGCGUAGGGUCUGGGAACAAAAAUACCUUUAACAUUACAAAUAUUUAAUUGCAGCCGAAAUUCAAAUAUUCUAAAUUAAUAUUCUAAACUACUAAACAAACUUUGCCUUAUAUUUGUAGCAUGAGUUUUUAAGGGAAAUAUGCAUCUUUUAAUUCCCUUUUAAAUUUGAUAUCGGGUUUUUGGCUUUCAUCAAUCGAAAAAUGCUGACAUAAAAAUAAAAUAAAAAAUCGUCCUAGACUUAUGAGGGUAGCCAUGAUGAAAUUGGAAUUUAGAACUGAUUUUUACCAAGGGAGGUAAACCGGAAAACCCGGAGAAAUAAAACCCUCGAAGCACAGAAGAGAAAUGAGCCGAGCGCAUUCAUCGCUACGCCUCCCAUGCUUCCCAUAAAAGAGGUUGUUUGAGUCGCGCUUAUAAAUAUGGGCCGGUAUGAAUCCUGGUAUGAAGGAUAAAAACUAAUAUGUAAAAUCCAACCAUUGAUAUAUAGAAAUAAAGUUCAAGUUCAAAUUCAA